GGAGCAACUGUGGAGGGGGUCCGAGCAGUGGAACCGAAAUUAAAUAAAUAUAUCACACUAUUUUCUAGACCUAAAGUUAGUACCAAAAUUGUAUAUCCCGAAAGCUAUGGCCGAUUCAGUGGCCAAAAAUGGAAAUAUUUCGCUCCUUGAAUCGGAGCUUUAUUAUCUUAUCUCACGGUUUCUGACAACGGGUCCUUGUCGGAGAGCGGCUGAGGUUCUUGUGAGCGAACUAGAGGAAUAUCAGCUCCUUCCCCGUAGGCUGGACUGGGAAGGAAAUGAACAUCCAAGAUCUUACGAAGACGUGGUUGCAACAAACAGGCACAUUGCACCGGACCACUUGUUGCAAAUAUGCAAGCGCAUUGGGCCCAUUCUUGAUAAAGAAGUGCCGUCCAGUGUGGCGGGAGUUAGCUCGCUGCUGGGCACUGGGGGACAUUCGUUACUCCGCACAUCAAAAGAUUGCGGUGUCGUGAAGUGGAAAGGCUCGUCCUUCGCUGCACUCCACAGAGGCAGACCACCAGAGAGGCCUUCGAGUUACAGAGGCGCCCCAAAUUUAGUGGAAGUAUGUCGUGGGAGAGAGUUGACCGGCGCGCAGAGGUUCAGCUCCGUGAGCCCCGUAAGCAACUAUCAGCACAUGAGGAUGCACCGAAGGAUCCUGGGCCACCUAUCUGCCGUCUACUGCAUUGCCUUCGACCGCACCGGCCUCAGGAUCUUCACAGGCUCAGACGACUGUUUGGUGAAGAUUUGGUCGUCAUUCGACGGGCGGCUUCACUCCACGCUGCGGGGCCACUCGGCCGAGAUCUCGGACCUGGCCGUGAACUUCGAGAACACUCUGAUCGCCGCCGGCAGCUGCGACAAGACCAUCCGUGUGUGGUGCCUUCGGACCUGUGCCCCCAUGGCUGUGCUGCAGGGGCACACCGGCUCCAUUACCUCGCUACAGUUUUCUCCAUUUGCCAAGGGCUCAAAACGAUAUAUGGUAUCCACGGGUACUGAUGCAACAGUCUGCUUCUGGCAAUGGGAUGUAAAUAAUAUCAAUUUCAGUGAUCGGCCACAUAAGUUUACAGAACGGCCCCGGCCAGGGGUUCAGGUGGUUUGCUCGUCCUUUAGCCCAGGUGGCAUGUUUUUAGCAACGGGCAGCACAGACCAUGUUAUCAGAAUAUAUUACCUGGGAUGUGGCAAUCCAGAGAAAGUAUCUGAAUUAUCUGACCACACGGACAAAGUGGACAGCAUCCAGUUCUGUCACACAGGAGAGAGGUUUGUGAGUGGCAGCGGAGAUGGAACGGCACGAAUCUGGCGGCUGCAUCGGCAGCAGUGGAGGAGCCUUCUUCUGGACAUGAGUGCCACUCUGCCGUCUGAAACUGUAACAGUAAGGGAGGACCUCUUCUUUAAGGCCAAGGUUACCAUGGUGUCCUGGGAUCGGCAUGACAACACGGUCAUCACCGCUGUCAACAACUAUCUGAUCAAAGUCUGGAACUCGUACACAGGAGAGCUGCUACAUAUCCUAAAGGGUCACGAGGCCGAGGUGUUUGUACUGGAGCCACACCCGUUCGACCCCAGGGUCAUGCUGUCGGCCGGCCACGAUGGCAGCGUCUACAUCUGGGACCUCCUGAAAGGCACAAAGACACAGCACUACUUCAAUAUGAUUGAGGGCCAGGGUCAUGGCGCCGUCUUUGACUGCAAGUUCACGCCGGAUGGUCAGCGCUUCGCCUGCACCGACUCUCACGGCCACCUCAUCAUUUUUGGCUUCGGCAGCUCCAAGCCCUACGAGAAGCUUCCAGACCAGGUGUUCUUUCACACGGACUACCGGCCACUGAUCCGCGAUGCCAACGGCUUCGUUCUGGACGAGCAGACGCAACAGGCGCCCCAUCUCAUGCCCCCGCCCUUCCUGGUGGAUGUCGACGGCAACCCACACCCCCCCAGGUACCAGCGCCUUGUGCCGGGCCGAGAGAACAUCGCCGACGAACACCUGGUCCCACAGCUGGGCUACGUGGCCACAAGUGACGGGGAGGUAGUAGAGCAGGUAAUUAGCCAGCAGCCUGGCGAGAGUGUGGAGGUGGCGGUCGGUCGGAGUGCUCUAGACCAGGCCAUCCGGGUCCUGCAGCAAAAUCAGGACCGGCGUAUCCCAGCGCUGCCCGAAGGAGCAGUGGCGCCCCCCCCGGCCCCCCUACCCGCUCCCGGAACCCCCCGCAGAGUGUCCAUGAACGAGCGCAUGGAGCUACAGUCGUCUCCUAACGUAGGGCUGCGGCGGAGUGGUCAGGUCGAGGGCGUGCGGCAGAUGCAUCAGAACGCCCCCCGCAGCCAGAUGGCCACCGAGAGGGACCUGCAGGCCUGGCGGCGACGCAAUCAAACUAAACGCCUCUCUCGAUCUGUCUUUCCCCUCAGGUAUCAGGAGUGCUUCCGAACGGCCAAAGGCGAGGAGGAGACGACACUCUUCAACAUGAGGAAGCGCAGGAUCAUUCAUGGCGGUUUCAGGGACGACUCGGACGAUGAGGUGCCUUGUGUGAAGCGGGUGCCGUCACGCAAGCGCCAGCGGAAGGAUAGCGUCGCGGAGGAGUUUAUCGAGUUUUCCUGUGAGGAGGGCGAGGAGACUGCCGCAAGUUCUGAGGACCCUGACAUGGAGGGCACUGAAAAUGACUCAUCCAAUGAGGAAGAGUGGAAGAGUGACAGCUCUAGCAACUCCUCUGGCGAGUAUUCUGAUUGGACGGCUGACGCCGGCUUAAACCUAGAUCCCAACAACCCGCAGUCAUGGAGACGGUCACGACGCAAGCUCAGCAGCUCGGAGGAAGAGGAGGAGGACGAGGACGAUGCUGAGGAGGAAGAGCAGACGACACGCGAUGAAGAGGAACAAACAUCUCAGUCUCGCAAACAGAAGAAGGCCAAGAGUAAAGCACCCAAGCAUCCCAAAGCUCGGCCAUCCAUUAACAGGGAAGUGUCCAACGAGUUCAGGCCCUCUGUAUGGAUCACGGACGUCUUUCCCAGGAAGUCUCCUUUCGUCCCGCAAUUGGGAGAUGAGGUGAUCUAUUUCCGUCAGGGCCACGAGGCCUAUGUGGAUGCGGUGAGCAGGAAUAACGUGUACCCCAUCAACCUGGACAAGCAGCCCUGGAAGAAGAUGGAGCUGAGGGACCAAGAGUUUGUGAAGAUCACAGCAAUCAAGUACGAGGUGUGUCCUCCCACCCUCUGCUGUCUGAAGCUCACGCUGAUUGACCAUGGUACAGGCAGGACAACAGACAAGUCUUUCUCCAUCAAGUAUCAUGAUAUGCCAGACGUGAUUGACUUCCUGGUUCUGCGGCAGUGUUACGACGACGCCCGGAACAGACUAUGGCAGCCAAACGAUCGGUUUCGCUCCGUUAUCGAUGACUGCUGGUGGUUUGGGUCCAUCGUGUGUCAGGAGCCGUAUCAGCUCGAGUAUCCCGACAGCCACUUCCAGUGCUUCAAAGUCAAGUGGGACAAUGGGGAGACUGAAAAGCUGAGCCCAUGGGACAUGGAGGCCAUCCUAGAGAACGCCCAGCAGCCUGAGUCUGAGGGGGGAGGUGUGCCAGUUACCGGAGAGGAGAUGAUUGAAGUCCUCUACAAGCCCCAGGCGGGAGAGUGGGGCGUCAGAACGCGCGAUGAAGAGUGUGAACGCAUCAUGGCUGGCAUCGACCAGCUCAUCACCGUGGAUAUCGCCGGUCCGUUUUCUGGCCCGGUGGACAUCAGCCAGUACCCCGAGUACUGCACGGUCAUCGCGUACCCCACGGACCUGGGGACCGUUCGCAUGAGGCUCCAGCAUCGCUUCUACAGGCGAGUUUCUGCACUAGUCUGGGACGUCAAACACAUAUUCCUCAACGCCAAGACCUUCAACGAGCCUCGCAGCAAAAUUGCAGACUCUGCCAAACUCAUCACUGAUGCCCUCCUCAAGUUCAUUGGUAAGCCAGACUGUACGGACAUCAUAGAGAUCUACAAUGCACUGGAGAACUUCGAGUACUCUGAUGAGGACAUGGAGGCUGAUGUGCCCGGAACAUCAUCUGGACAUGCUCUACGUCAGACUGCAGCAGAGCCUGCUCCUGAUCCAGACGCAUGGAAGGAGCAGUGUAGGCGCCUGGUGAACUACAUAUUCGAGUGCGAGGACUCGGAGCCUUUCCGCCAUCCCGUGGACCCCAUAGAAUUCCCCGAUUAUGCAGAUAUCAUUCACUCGCCGAUGGAUUUUGAAACUGUGCGGAACAUCAUAGAGCAGGACCGAUAUGAAAACCCCAUCGAAUUUUGCAAAGAUAUUCGUCUUAUCUUUGUCAAUGCAAAAGCCUACACACCAAACAAGCGCUCAAAGAUCUACAGUAUGACUCUGCGUCUCUCUGCGUUCUUCGAAGAGCGCAUCAGAACGAUCAUAUCUGAUUACAAGACGGCAGUGAAGAGUAGCGCAAAGCUGCGCCGCAGCCAGAGGUUCCGCAAAAGGCAGCAAUACCAGGAACCUCAGACGCCAGGCCACGGAUCCACCAGCAACCAGAAAAGGGCUGCUCUGAAUGCUCAGGAAAAGGUGGAGACGUCUCCAACCAAAUCUACCUCAGCCAAAGUGACUGCAGCGGAGAGGAGCAGUAGGAGGACGCGCCGGCGACACGGAGGGCGCAGGUCCCCCACACACUCUUCCUCCUCCGAUGAUGAUGAUGAUGAUGAUGACUCCAAAGGAGCCUCCUCCACUCCGGAGUCCGAGAGUGAGAGCGAAAUGAGUCUGAACGACUCGGAGGGCAAAUCGCGGGGUUCGUCUCGACGGCAUCUCGGGAGAGACUCUCUGUGGUCAGGCCGUGCCACACGAAGCAGAGUGGUCCCCCACAGGAGGAUGAGGACUCUGCCAGAGAGUGAGAGUGAGAACGAGGGCUUGUCUGCCAGGAGUUACCCCAGCAGAAGCACCAGGCUCAGAAGGAAACACGCAGAGGCCUUGGACCGGAGGAGACCAGAAACCCACGCUCAAAUGAAUGGCGAUGACAGGGCUUCGCGCCUGGAGAGACGAAGGCGUUUAAAUCACAUCGCCCGCCAGACCUCUCAGGAGUCCGACAUCUUCACCAAAGACGAGGAGGAAGACGAGAAGGAUGAUGAUUAUUGCGACGAUGAGGAUGAUGAUGAGUCAAUAUCACGCAGACCCAAGACGAGGAAGACCGCUCGGGCUGCCGCCACUAGGUUUAAGAUGCUUGAUGCCUCUGAAGAGGAGGAGGAUGACGAAGAGGAGCCGGAGGACAGUAGGAGGUCAAGCAGGAACCAGGGGUCUCGCUCCAGCAAGCGCAAAGCAGUACUGCACAGCAGCUCGGAGUCGGAGGGCCAGAAACCUUCACAGAGUGAAAGUGAGAAUGAAGAGUCUGGGAGUGAGGAGGAGGAGGAGGAGGAGGAGGAGGAGGGCAGUAAGGAGAGUGGUGACUCAUCACGUCGGAACGGAGAGCGCAAAGGAAGGUGCCUUCGACCAAUGAGGAAAAGUGCCUCCAAGGGACGCCAUGACCGUCAAUCACACCUGAAUGGCCACAGUAGUAAGCAUCAGGUAAAGAGUGAGGAGAACUCCGACGGAGAGGCUAGUCCCGGAGACAGUUUGGAGGAAGACGAGGACAGUCUCAUCGUUCGUCGGAAGUUAACUAGAAGGACGGCAGCUGCUGCCGCCAGCAAAAUAAAAAAUCUGAACACCAGCGAGGCUGAAGAGGAAGCCCCUUCCAGAAGCAGACAACAGCAGGGAGCCCCCAAAACCUCUGAGGAAGAGGAGUGUGAUGACUACGAAGAGGUCAGAGAUGCAAAAUUCCAGAAGCACCCUCACCAAAAUGGACGGAAGAUGAGCAGAGAGGCCGAAGCCACUUCAAGAAGCCAAGAACAAACAUCUGCCUCACGCACACAUGCCACCAAGACACCUUCGAAUGCCGCUGCCUCACCAUGCACUCAAGGGUCUGACGACCUCAGCAGCGUUCCCAGGAAGAGUAAGACGCGGAAAAAGAAAAUCAUGUCAGACGACGAAGAGGAAGCUGACGGGGAACCGUCAGAUGAAGAAGAUGAAGAUGAGACCCAAGAGAGCAACACCACUGAGGAGGAUGGAGCCAGUAAAAAGAGGUCAUCACGAAGCAGAAACGGAUCAAGGGGACAUGAGUCCAGCAAGAAUCGGGAGUUCUCAAGGAGUUUACAAGAGUCCCCAUCUGAAAGUGUAGAAGAGGAGGAGGAAAAGGAGGAAGAGGAGUAUGAUGAAGGGGAGAGGCCAAGAAAAAGCGUCAAGAAGAAGCAAGGUGCUUCGUCAGAUGAAUGGUCUGACGGGGAAGAGGAAAGCAGUUCCAGUCGAAAACCACAACUGAGAGCACUGCCUAAGAAGAAGUAUAUUGCUGACGACUCGGAAGAAGACCACCUCUCUGAAGAAGGCGGUCACUCAAGGAAUGGCAAGGGCUUGACCAGUGACUCAAAGCAUCAUGCCAAAUGGAAAAAGGAGCAUCAAGACAAACACGGAAGGAGUAAAGCCACCUCUGUAAAACGAGAACAAACAUCUGCCUCAGACACACAUACCACCAAGAAACCUUCUGGUGCUGCUGCUGCUGCUGCUGUUGCUGCAAGCUCAACACCUGCGCACAAAUCUGAAGACCUUAGCGACGUUCCCAGGAAAGGAGGAUUGCAGAAAAAGAAAAUAAUCUCUGAUGAGGAGGAAGAGGAAGAGGAGGAGGAGGAGGAAGAAUUAGAAGAGGUGGAAGAGGAGGAGGACGAAGAGGGAGAAGAGUCCUCAGAAGAGGCAGAAGGAGAGAGCCAACAGAGGCAGACCACGGAAGAGGAUGGAACCAGUAAGGAGCAGUCUUCAUUAAGCAAGAAUAGAUCCAGAAGAUGCGACUCCAGAAGGCAUCUUGGGAAAUCCAGUAGGAGAGCAGAUGAGUCCCUCUCUGAAAGCGAGCCAAGAAAAAGCCAUAAGAAAAAGCAAAGCUCCUCCUCUUCCUCCGAGGACUGGUCCCACAGCAAGAGCGAAGAGUCUGACCGGGAAGAGAAACACUUGUCCAGCCGAAAACGACGACUGAGGGCACUACCUAAGAAGUAUGUAACCGACGACUCCGAGGAUGACCUGGAAGCAGGUCACUCGAGGAACGAUAAGGGCUUGACCAGUGAGUCAAAGCAUCGAGCCAAACGGAAACGCAACAGAGGCUCAGAAGACUCAGGAGAAGACCACAGAAGCCACGGCAAGAGACGGAAAUCGAGGGACCAGUCAGAGAGCGAGAAUGAUGAUGAAGAUUACCACAAACAGAAAACGUCAAAGUCGACAUCAUCCAGAGGUUCCCUGAAGGAGCUCAAAAGGAGGUUGCUCUCUGAGGAGGAAGAGGAGGAGAGGCGCAAGUCUCGACAUGGCCAGAAACUCAAACGGAAAUGUGGUGUCUCCAGCCCCGAGAGUGAAGAGGAGGUGGAGGAAGAAGAAGAGUCAGGCUCCGAGGUGAGCACCUCUAAAAGGCGAACGGGGAGACGACAGCCAGAGAGCAAGAGGAGGUCCCACAGGAGAGGCAGUGACUCGGAUGCAGACAGUGAUUACGGGAAACCCGAAAGGGCCACAAAAAUCCGGACCAGGUACCGUGGAAAGAGAACUGUGACCUACAAUGAUAGUGAAUGAAUGGGUUCAAGCCAGCCAGCAUUCAGCCGACCAGGAAGGAGGACGAGGUAAUAAAUGAAAGAAAUAAAUAGACACUAACUGGAGACCUUGAAGACAACUUGAUGUCCAGGGAAGGGAAAAAAAAUGAAUUGGUAGCAGCACUGGAGUUAACACAGAGCAAAUACUGUGAAUCUGUUUUAAUUCAGGGAUAUUUAUAUUUUCUAUGAAAAAAAGAUUUAUAGAACUGCUGGUUUUUGGUUUGGGCAAACCAGUGCCAUUCUGCUUCAGUGACUUGUGAUUCAUUAUUUUUUUUCCGUUUGGCCAGCAAAAGUGGGGAAGUAAAGAAAAAUAACAAUAACACGCAUACACAAACACGUUCGGGGGUGGGGGUGGGGUGCUUUGGGUGCUAUCUUAAUAUACCUCCACUCUAAUCAAGCAUAUGUUGCUGGCUUGCACUAUGAUGCACACUGUACUGAGGUGUUUUUCCUACACUAGCUCUAGCAGAAUAGAAACUCAGGGGUCAACUACGUUUACCAUAGUCUCAAACUUGCAAUUUUUGUCCCAUAUUUUUGUUAAAUGCUGAAGAGAGUAGAGUAGCAUUAUAUGAAAUGAUUUCAGAUAUGGCGGUUUGCAGUUGAAGCACACUCAAAAAAACUGAAAUAAACAUGUCACCCAUUUUCAACACUCCUUUUGUGAAAACGCUUUGGUAUCCAUGGUAUUUGUGGUAUUGAAUAAUUUGUAUGAGCCAAAAUGUACAAAUUUGAGUCCUUACCUUCUCCCCUACUGUUAUUGUUUUCUCUUUUGGUAUUUUUUUUUAUUGUGUACAAUUUACUUUUUGUUCUUUCUAGUUGACAUUUUUGAUUGUCAAAUGACCUUAAUGUGCAAAUUUUCUUUUUCCAUUAUGUAGCAAAAGUUUGGCAUAUUUAAAUUGUUUCAGUCGAGCAUUAUUCCUCCCUCUCCUUUGGAUGCAUUGUCUUGCCAUAAUCAAAUUAAUUGGUACCCAUUUGCGAAGUACAGGAGAUCAGUAGUACUUAUUGCAAAAUGCAGUGAUUUCUCAUAUUGGGAAGAAGUUCUAGUGUUUUGUGUUUAUGUAUUUUCAGUAUUAAACUCCUUGUCAGAUUUUGACUGGAUACAACCGUUAA